UCUUUAAAAUAUAUAUUAAAAGCCACCUUCGAAACCAUAAACAAUGCCGCUAUUCAUUCUGCUCCAUUUACAACACAAUGUGACCUUUCUGUAACCCUUUCUCUCUCUUUCUUUCUCCUCUCUGCAACUUCAUGACCUCCAUGAUUAUUAAUUUUUUUUUCCUUGGGAAAACAAAAGCUCAACCAAACCCCAUUACUAAAUUAGCAUUUUCUUGAAGCAUCAACAAAAUUAGGUGUUAAAUUUAUUCUUCAAGCUAAAACGAACACCUAACAAACACCAAUAACGAAACCCCCAUUUCACCUUCUUUCAAAGGGGGAGUUUUAUUAAAGAAAUGUUGGAAUCCAAAAAAUCAAGCAAAAACAGAGGUUUUUAUGUAAGAAUGAAGUUUUUAAAUAACAACAAUGGCGGAAACAAAAACAGAGGAUUCUUUUGUUAUAGAUAUUUCAAAUGGGUUCUUUGGUUUUCACUUUCUUUUUAUUUUUUUGCUUCGUUUCUCUUUAAUCAUAAGCCUAAUACUAUUUCUAAAACUACUGUUCCUCAAUAUCCUAAACCUUCACGUGCUCUCAUUGAAUACCCUGAAAAACAACACCAUCCAGAUUUGUUGAAUGGGUUGAAGAUUUACGUUUACGAUUUGCCAAGUAAAUACAACAGCGAUUGGUUAUUAAACGAAAGAUGUAGUAACCAUUUGUUUGCAUCUGAAGUGGCCAUACAUAAAGCUUUGUUAAACAGCGAUGUUCGAACAUUUGAUCCAUUUGAAGCUGAUUUUUUCUUCGUCCCUGUUUACGUUUCGUGUAAUUUCAGUACUGUUAAUGGAUUCCCUGCUAUCGGCCAUGCUCGUUCUUUAAUUUCUUCAGCUAUACAGCUCAUUUCAUCGGAAUUUCCUUUCUGGAAUCGAAGUUUAGGUUCUGAUCAUAUCUUUGUUGCUUCUCAUGAUUUUGGGUCUUGUUUUCACACAUUGGAGGAUGUGGCUAUGGCAGAUGGGAUACCGGAAUUUUUGAGAAAAUCGAUCAUAUUACAAACAUUUGGUGUUAAAUAUGAUCACCCAUGUCAAAAAGCAGAACAUAUAGUGAUUCCGCCGUAUGUUUCGCCGGAAAGUGUACGGAAAACUCUGGCUACGUCGGAUGUUAAUGGCCGGCGUGAUAUUUUUGCGUUUUUUAGGGGUAAAAUGGAAGUCCACCCCAAAAAUGUCAGCGGACGUUUUUACAGCAAGAAAGUUCGUACGGUAAUAUUACAAAAAUAUGGAAAUGAUCGGAGAUUUUACCUGAGACGUCAUCGGUUUACCGGUUACCAAUCGGAGAUUUUACGGUCAACGUUUUGUUUAUGUCCAUUAGGGUGGGCUCCAUGGAGUCCAAGGCUAGUUGAAUCAGUUAUUUUAGGUUGCAUACCGGUUAUUAUAGCUGACGGAAUUGACCUUCCGUUUUCCUCCGCCGUGCCGUGGUCGGAAAUCUCCGUCAAGGUGGCGGAGAAAGACGUCGGAAAACUGGGCACGAUUCUCGAAAAUGUGGCGGCGACAAACUUAAGCACAAUACAACAGAAGCUGUGGGACCCAAGAAUUAGAAGGGCCCUACUUUUUCAUGAUCGGACGGUGGAGGGUGAUGCGACGUGGCAGGUUUUACACGCUUUGACGAUGAGGUUUAGUAGGUCCCAUCAUAAGUCAAGGGUUUCGAGCGAGUGAGAGCGUGACACGUGUUAUGAUUCUAUAAGGUUGGAUAGAAUCUAGUGCCAGCUAAGAAAAUGUGUAAAUGUGGAAAACAGCUAUAGGCAAUGUAGUCACGAUCGAUUAUUUGAACUUUCAUCUUAUUAACGAGAAUCAUAAAAAAAAUUGAAUACCGAUAUGCUGAGCUGGUGGGAUGUGAUUUGAGGAGGAUGCGACAUGGGUUGGACAGGAGCUUGUACAUGUGAGAGGGAAUAUUAUUUUAUUAAUUGGUGUAAUGUAAUUGGGGGGAGAGAGAAAUAAGAGGAGACAGGAUGCUUAUGCUUUGCUGUACAAUUCCUUUGUUUUUUUUGUUUUCUUCUUUUUAAAUCAUUGUAGAAAUUUUACUCAAAUACAUACCUAUUUAAUUUACGGUCUAUCAAAAAUAAU